GUGUGUCUAUAAAAACUUACGUUAGAAGGAUUUUUGUAUUAAAGUUUGUUCGUAGAAAGAAAGCUACGGCUGACCAGUUGCGCUCAGGAUAUUCGACGAUUUCGGACACGUUGAAGCGGGCGUGAGAUUUUCAACUAUGGGAAAGCCAACAAACGGAUUUCGCGUCUUGGUCACGACAUUUCUUCUGCUAGCACUGAUUGCAAUUUGUAAUGCGCUAUCGUUGGCCGAAGCACAAGAGGAAGAGAAGAAACUGGAGGAAUUAAUGAGGGUGAAGAAAAACAAGCCUGGAAAGAACAAACCUCGAUUAUAUGCUACACAGCACCAGGUAGAGACCCUCCCCGGUCAGUUCGAAGGCGACUUGUUGAUAACACCAGAACAAGCUGAACGCAUUAAACAAGAAACAGGCAAAAAUGUCCCCGCUUUUUUUCGCAAGAAGAGGUCAUACGUCGCACAAAAGAGAAAAGCAAUGAGAGACACCAAUAGCCAUUGGAAAAUGGGGAUUGUGCCUUAUGUGUUCAGUUCUUCUAUAGCUCCCCAGGGCCAAGAAAAUAUCAAGAAAGCCAUGAAGCACUGGGAAGAACACACGUGCAUUCGUUUCAGGCCUUAUACAAGUGCCCUGAUGCAGUGGCUGCAACAUGAUGAUUAUGUAGACUUCUAUAACGGGACCGGGUGUCACUCUCACGUUGGUCGAAUUGGUGGAAAACAAGAAAUUUCGAUCGGCCUAUAUUGCGAUUCCAUGUUGGGUACUAUAGUUCAUGAGAUUGGACAUGCUUUGGGCUUCUAUCAUGAACAAUCCAGACCUGACCGAGAUAGUUUUGUCAACGUAAAGUUAGAAAACGUGUUACCUGGCAGAGCCGGAAACUUUGAAAAAUAUGGCCGCGAUGAAAUCAACGAUGGAAAUGUUCCCUAUGAUCUUGGCUCGGUGAUGCACUACGGCAGCAGCGAAUUUGCCAACGGUGACAAGCUGACUGUGGAGACACGUGACAAGGAGAUGCAGAACGUGGUCGGACAAAGAAUAGGACUGAGUUUUUACGACAUCAAGCUGGCUAACCAAAUGUACAAAUGCGAUGCACACUGUAAUUCCAACAUCAAGUGUGAGAACGGUGGGUUUAUUGGUCCUGAUUGUAACUGCAAGUGUCCACACGGACUUGGCGGGCCAUUCUGUAACGACAUCAACAGAGCGGACGUCCCAUGUGGCGGUGUGUAUGCUGCCAGUGAAGGUACAAUUCAAACUCCUAACUUCCCUAGCAAUUACAUGGAUUCAACAACAUGUUACUGGCUUAUUAAGGCCCCCAUCGGAUCUAAAAUUCAACUGACGUUCCAACAUUUCGACAUUGAACUAGACCAGCUUGACAACGGACGCUAUGAAUGCGGUUAUGACUGGGUGGAAAUUCGAAAAUAUGGACCUGAAAAAGCAGGACCAAGGUUCUGCGGUAGGCAAAAGGAAGGACAGACAGAAAUCUACAAUGUCAACAACCUUCUGAUUAAGUUUGCCUCAGAUUCUGAUUACAACAACCAGGGUUUCCAGGCAAAAUAUAAAAUCAUACCUGGUACACAAGGAGCAAGUGCUGGAGGUUGGACAGCAUUCAGUGCCUGGACACAGUGUCCUGUCACCUGUGGUGGUGGAAUACAGGUACGCAUGCGUACCUGCCUCCCCCCUGGCAACACCUGUCCCGGCAAAGAUUUGGAAUUUCUGAGAUGCAACGUUAACCCUUGUUAAGGUAUUCAUUUCUGCCAAGGGAUAGUGACAAGGAACUACAUGAAUUCUGCACUUUCUCAAAACGAUAUGUCACUUAACUACAAGAUUUUGUUGUAGAAAUCGGUUUUUUCUAUCUAGAUUUUAAGUGUACAAAUCGAAAAUCUCAUUAUUUCAAGUGAAAAGUGUGACUAUUAGGAGGGCAUGAAGACUGAUACUGUUCCGGGUGUGGCACUAGUGGUACCUACAAUGUUUUUAUAUACCUCCAAAAUUAAAAGAUGGAAUCAAAGCCUCUGACAUUUUCCACAUUAAAUUACGCCCGUCAUAUGGUACAUUU